AUGUUUCUGAAGAAUGAAACAGUGAAUGAAGUACAAAAUUACGAGAUCCAAUGUUUGUGUCCAUUUUUCAAACAAAGUUUUUUCGUAUUUUUAAACGUAUUGAUACUUUUCGCUUACGCUCAGAAUCAAACAGUUCCAGAAGCAGCUACUUGUGAACAAACUUUCUUUUUAACAGGCACGACAUGUACACCAUGUCAACAAGCAAUUUUUAAAAAUAAUGCAAAUCCGAGUUUUCUUGAUAUAACUGUACCUUCUGACAAAUGUUUAGCUGAUAAAAUUUUCUUUUAUUAUCUUUUUCUUACUCCUUCUACUACUCCCGCUACUCCCGGUACUCCUGAUACUCCUGAUGAAAGAAUAUCCCAAUUUACAAAAAAAGCAAUAGAAGAUUUAGAUAAAACUUGUGCUGAAACUGCAAAUAAUGCAUGUAAUGAAUCGAAUGCUAAAAAUUCUUAUACCGAAGUUUCUAAAGCUUGUGAUGCAGAAUUGAAUCAAUAUCUUUCUUCUAAUAAUAGAACUGGAACUGAUGGAAGUGUCGGAAGUAUUACUAUUUCAACUAUGCUUGGAUAUUAUAUGGCUAUACCUAUUAGAGAAAAUUUGUGUUUGAAAGUAAAUGGCGAAUAUUGUAAGGCUAGAAUGAUUAAAAAUAAUGCAAUUCUUUUACAAGCGAAUCAAACUCAAUCUCAGCAACCGAAUACUUUUUCUUUUUUAUCAUGUGAUGAUGAAUGUACAAUACAAUCUUAUAAUAAUAUCAAAAGUUUUCUAUCAUCUCAUCCUCCUGAUAUUCCUAAUUUACAAAAGAUUAUUAAUAGUACAAGCAACCCAUUAAAAAUAUUUGAAAAUAGUUGUCCUAAUAUUACUAAUAGUAUUGUUAAUAAUAGUAUUGCUAGUAACGAAUCAGAAAUUAAAUCUGAUGGUCAAAAACUCACUAAUCAAUUUUAUAAUUAUUCUGGAAUUAUUUUAAUUGGUUUAUUUAUACAACAUUUAUGUAAUAAAUAUAUUAAUAUAUAA